ACACACCACUCGUUUUAUAGACAUUCGAUCGGACGGUCUGCGCACACACAACCAGCUCUCUAUCUGCAGAGAAGAAAAGGGGUACGGCAACUAUAAAAAGGAAGCUGUGGCUGAAACUGGUUGUUUACAACACUCUUCCCUUGUCGGGGCGAACUGACUUUCAAGGCUUGAAAGCGAGUGCAAGGAAACUGAGCAUCAGCAUAAUACUUGAUAGUUUUCUGCGUAACUUGGCGAGAACUGUGGGCCUGAGGGGAGGGGCUGCACGUGCUGCCAGGGCACAUCCGAGCAAUCUCAACGCUCUCGUACAUAACAGGAGGGUACUCUGCAACUUUCAGGCCGCAACCCACAUCACCUCGCUCCAACAACCACCAACAAACCGCCAAUCGCUUGCGAGAGCACAUACCUGUACGUACAUUUCCGGCAUAAUGCUGAACAGCGUCUCGCCUCCGUCCUACGCAGCAGCGACAAGCUUCUGCUGUAUCUCCCUUCACGAAAGCGACAAACUCCGCCUCCUCAACGUACCCCAGGAACUCAUCCCAGACUUCGCCGCCCUUCUUACCCGGUCCUGGCAGAAAGGCGUGCAGCGCGUUCAACGUUACGGCCCAUCACUGGAAUACAAGCUGAGUGGCAGGCCAUGGCGUGGUCAAGGAGACGACGCAAUUACUUGCCGCUUGCUCGCCCGUGAUAUCCUGUCAUUUAUGUUCUCUCGAGGCUGGCGGCUUGCAGUCAGCACCGACCUUUCGAAAAAGCAAGGCGACAGCGACUCGUGGUUCUUUGAGUCAUUUGUCAUACCACACUCUACGAGGGCCCCACUCGCUGGCGGUGCAGGAUCCUCAAAAAUGGACCCCCACUUCGGCGCCAUCUCCUUCAACCGAUCAGACCGCAUCCGUCUCAUCGGCCUCCCGCCAGACCUCCAAGCCACCAUUGUCCAAUGCGUAAAGCAAAGCUGGGCGCGCGGAAUCCAGCAUCACGGACCCUUCGACUCUGACCCACGGGCUUAUGAGUUGAAGCUAGCCGGAAACCCUUGGCACACGUAUGGCACAGAUACGAUACUCUCUCGGUCGCUUGCGCUUUCGUUACUGCAUUGUAUUAAGAUGAAUGGGUGGGAGAUCUAUGCUUCGGUGGAUCUGGGCGGACGGAUUGGCACCAAUGAUUGUCCGGCUGGGGAUUUGGAUAGCUGGAUUAUUAAGGCGGUCGUUCUUUAGACAUCAUUUUGAACAAUCGCAGUUGCAAUCUGCUGUAGAUAUAUUUGGAGAGGUGCGGUGGCGUCUGUAGGGGACGAUAAUGUAGGGGUUGGCUAGAGUUGAUACCAUUUACUUGCGGAUUCGAGUUCGCCAUUUUUUUUUGGAAUAGGAUAUCCUGUCAGUGCGGUUCUCCCUCAGGACUAUGAAAUGCCUACUGUAGAGUCCCAUCCAGUAUGGAAGACGCUGGUCGCCCCAGAAAUGACUUGAAAAUCUACUUCUCAG